AUGGGCAAUCAAUCAGUGAACCUGAAAAUUCAGUUUUCUCCACUGACUAUCAUCAUACUACAUUUAGGUUCAAUUAUGACAAAAUUAUUCGAUGAACAAGGUUAUCAACUUAAAAAGAAAUUUGAUAUAAAUAAUUUAAUCUUAUUCCCAUUUGAAACGGACAAUCCAUACGAGGAUGACAGGAUAUUGGCGCAAAUGAGUUAUGUUCCUGUACAAGUGUUAGAAGCACGUAAAAACGGACAAGUUCGCAAGAAACGUAUUUACUAUUAUCGCAGAUCAUCUCCACUUCCCAAUCUUUCAGUUUGUCCGGUAUAUGAAUGCGAUGUAGAUGGCUCUACUGACGGUCCAAAACAAGCAGAUUUAGUCGUCUUCGCAGAUUUUUCAGGAUCUAUUGAUUUCAAAAAAAGAAAAAAUCAAACUUGGUUAAUGUUUAACCUUGAGUCUCCACAACAUUCUUUAUUUGAUGAACCUGAAAACAUGAUUAAUUUCACCGCUACAUACACAGUGGAUUCAACUAUAGUAACACCAUAUUAUAAGUAUGUAUCAUUUGUCGAUGUUCAACCAAAAGAAUUAAACAAGUUGAUUCAACCUGUUAAAGAUUUUUCUGUUGGUAAAACCAAAAUGAUUGCAUGGUUUGUAAGUAAUUGUGGUUCUGGAAGUCCACGAAUGGAAUAUGCUCAGAAAUUGAUGAAAUAUAUCAGUGUUGAUAUCUACGGUGCAUGUGGAAAUCUACAUUGUGCUCGUACAGAUAAUUCAUGCUUUGAAUCAUUGAAAAAGGAUUAUAAAUUCUAUCUCAGUUUUGAGAAUAGUAUUUGUCAAGAUUAUAUUACUGAAAAAUUCUUUCUAAAUGCUCUCAAAAAUAGUGUGGUUCCAAUUGUAAUGGGUGCAGCAAAAUCAGAUUAUGUAAGAUCAGCUCCAGCAAAUUCUUUUAUUCAUGUAGAUGAUUUCAAUUCUGUGGAACAAUUAGCUAAUUAUUUGCAUUAUUUAGAUAGAAAUAAAACUGCAUACAAUGAAUACUUUAAAUGGCAUAACCACGGAACAGUUGAUUUUAAUACAUUUACUGAUUGUCGACUAUGUAUGCUGGCGCAUGAAAUUGACAACAUGGAACAGUCUUAUUGGUAUAAAGAUGUAAACCAAUGGAGAAUGAAUGGUUGUGCAAAUCGUAAAAUUCCGGUUAUUUAA